AUGCAGAGGUUCAUGGACAAUUACCAUGAUGCGUGGGAGUCGGAAGAAAAUCUUAAAUUUGAGGACUCGGAGGUGGCCGAAUGGCUAGAAAGAGCCCCCGUUGGAGCCGGCGCACUAGGUCCCCCUCUAGGCGCUGGACAAUGGAAAGCGGGGUUGCCCACGGCAAUACCCGAAGCACAUCAUUCGACCGUCGUUGAUGUGGUCCUCAACCAAUACCUCGCCCUCCCGGUCACCCUCCCGCCUCUCCCCUCACCUCCAAGAUCUCAAGAAAAGGUCCUCUCGUCUGGCCUUCGCGUCUCGCCCCCACCGUCCCUCGACCCCCACCCAUUUCCACCACCCACAAUUUCGACCCCUAGCGCGGCCCUUCACUGCCAUCCUCUGCCAUGCGUUCGACUGCGUGCCGACACGGUCCCACCUGGGAAUCGUGCACAAUCUGCACAACCACCCACCACCUCUCGUCUCCCCAACCCCAGCCGAUCGCAACACGACAAGGCAUGCAAGCACAACGACGCAGGCCGUGUGGGUGCAAGCAUCCCCCAAGCACCAGGCCGACUUUGCCCUUUCGCAAACCAGGGCGCAGCGCACGAUGGCGAUGACGCUGACCAGCCAGCCAGGCCCUACCCUUUCGCUAGCGCCUCGCACUUCCGCCGCCCCCGCCGCCCUUGCCGUUUCACGAGCAGCACCGCUGUCUCGGUGCUCGAACUUCCACCAGCUCGGAUCGAUAUCUUCAACCGGUUCUCUAGCCAAUGGGAAACUCUCGACCUCCAGAUACCUCUGAGCUGCGUAUCUCGUUUCAGGGGAGACUCGGGGCCAGUCACUAUUCUCAAGAACCCUGUCAUUCGUGAUUCCAACGCUAUGUUCCGGCCAGUUGAGGACAGCGGCACAUUCAUGCUUGACAAUGCACUCCCAGCCCUCACCGUUGCUCGAGUCCGUGGAAUACCUUUUCGGACCAUCUCUGGUCGGUAA